AGAAGAUGAAGCUUCCGUUUGACAUCUCAGGUGAGGAGCAGCAUGGAUAAGAUGAGGAGGAUCCUGGUUUAUGUGUGUAAAGACCGAGCGGCUCCACAGAGAGCUCAGUUUGUUCAGAGUUUGACGGGUCACUUCAGCGAUGGCGGUGAUGACGAGGUUGAGGUCAGCUGCUCUCUGGAGAAGAACCAGUUCAUCCUGAGCAGAGGAGACGAAGGACGACGAGUCCGACUGAAGAGGCCCGCCUUCUGUCCCAUCAAACACCUGUCAGUCACGGAGGCUGCAGCGCUCCCAUUGGACGUCCAGCAGCGAGGAGUGGACGUGGGCGUGGCCAUCCUCCUGCAGUCAGCCAAUCAGAGAGUGCUGCUGACACGGAGGGCCAAGGAGCUCCGGAUAUUUCCAAACGUCUGGGUUCCUCCAGGCGGCCAUGUUGAGCCAGAUGAGACGCUGCUGGAAGCUGGUCUAAGGGAGUUAAAGGAGGAAACUGGGCUGAAACUGGAACCAGAUAAAGUUUCUCCAAAAAUACUGGGACUGUGGGAGUCAGUGUAUCCUCCCAUGCUGUCCAGAGGUUUUCCUCAGAGACAUCACAUUGUCGUCUACAUGCUGCUGCACUCGUCCCUCUCUCACCUGCAGCUACAGGCGUCUCUGAGUCCGUCUCCUGCUGAGGUCAGCGGCUGUUUGUGGGCUGACAGCCGGCUGGUUGGAGCCGUGGUGGCGGCCGUGGACGGAGCCGACGGCGAGGUUCAGCUGGACGACCUGCCCGACAACAUCAGCGUGUCCCAGGUCUCCUCAGACGGAGCUCUGAGCGACGCCUCGCUGCCACUGGCCGUGUUUGUCAGCCGAGCGCCGAGCAGUGGCCCAGACGUGGAGCGAGUCAGCACCGGGACGAAGUUCGCCCUGGAGCUGUGGCUGCAGAGCCUGGAGACCCCUGACCCCUGACCUCUGACCCCUGACCUGAGUUUGGUUCUUGUUGUUGUUUUCUUUAAUAAAACACGACU